AUGUCCAUGAGAUCACAUUGUUUCAACAUAAGCAAACCCGGACCGUCAACACCGAGCGCUUCAAGGCUUUCAGCAAUUUCACUGAAACCUACAGCACUGAUGAAAGAGCGCAUCCUCCUCAUCGACGGCGCCAUGGGCACGAUGAUCCAGCGACACAAGCUGGAGGAGGCGGACUACCGCGGCGACCGCUUUGCCGAUCAUCCCUGCUCCCUGAAGGGCAACAACGACCUGCUGUCCAUUACCCAGCCGGAAAUCAUCUACGGCAUUCACACGCAGUACCUGGAGGCGGGGGCGGACAUCGUGGAGACGAACACCUUCAGCGGGACGACCAUCGCCCAGGCUGACUACCAGUGCUGCGACAUCAUCUACGACCUGAACUACGAGUCGGCAAGGGUGGCACGACGAGCUGUGGAUGACUUUGUGGCGAAGCACGGCGUGGCGAAGUUUGUGGCCGGCGCCAUGGGCCCCACCAACAAGACGCUCUCCAUCUCGCCCAGAGUGGAGGAGGCCGCCUUCCGCGACAUUCACUGGGACACCCUGGUCACGGCCUAUCGCGAGCAGGCGGAGGCGUUGCUGGACGGCGGCGUCGAUCUCCUCCUCGUGGAGACCAUCAUCGACAGCGCCAACGCCAAGGCGGCCCUCUUCGCCGUGCGAGCCGUCCUCGAGGAGCGGAAGCUGAACACGCCCAUCUUCGUCUCCUGCACCAUCGUGGACAAGUCGGGGCGGACGCUGUCCGGGCAGACCAGCGAGGCCUUCAUCGUCAGCACCGGCCACGCCAAGCCGAUGGCCUUUGGGCUGAACUGCGCUCUCGGUGCCCGCGACAUGGAGCCCUUCAUCAAGCGGAUUGCCGUCUUUGCGGAGAACAGCUACAUUCUCUGCUACCCGAAUGCCGGUCUGCCCAACGUUUUCGGCGAGUACGACGAGUCGCCGGAGGACAUGGCCAGCGACAUUGGCCGCUUUGCCGCCCAGGGCGUGGUGAACAUUGUCGGAGGGUGCUGCGGUUCGACGCCGGAUCAUAUCAAGGCGAUCAGCGAGGCGGUCGGAAAGUACCCGCCACGGCAGGUGAAGGGCCACUACAAGGACUUCAUGCCCGCCACGUACUUCUCCGGACUGGAGCACUUCAAGUUUGACUCGACGACGCUCUUUGUGAACAUCGGUGAGCGGUGCAAUGUUGCGGGUUCCAAGAAGUUUGCCCGUCUAAUUCGGGAGAAGAAGUACACUGAGGCGCUGCAAAUUGCCAAAGAUCAGGUGGAGAACGGCGCGCAGGUUAUAGAUAUCAACAUGGACGAGGGUCUGAUUGACGGCCCCCGUGAGAUGGCCCACUUUCUCAACUUGAUCGCCACCGAACCGGAGAUCUGUCGCGUGCCAGUGUGCAUCGACUCCUCCAACUUCGCCGUCAUUGAGGCGGGCCUGAAGUGCAUUCAAGGAAAAGCGAUCGUCAACUCCAUCAGCCUAAAGGAGGGCGAGGCGGAUUUUGUGAAGAAGGCAAAGCUGAUCAAGAACUUCGGCUGCGCCGUCGUGGUGAUGGCCUUCGAUGAGAAGGGCCAAGCGACGGAGGAGAGAGACAAAGUGGCCAUCUGUAAGCGCUCUUACGACAUUCUGGUGGGCGACCGCGUCGGUUUCAACCCCAAUGACAUCAUUUUCGAUCCGAACAUCCUCACGAUCGGCACCGGCAUGGAGGAGCACAACAACUACGGCGUCAACUUCAUCGGCGCCUGUCGCGGCAUCAAAGCGGCCUGUCCGGGGGCGCACAUCAGCGGCGGCGUCUCCAACCUGUCCUUCUCCUUUCGGGGGAAGGAGAAGAUCCGCGAGGCAAUGCACUCCGUCUUCCUCUACUACGCCAUCAAGGCGGGCAUGGACAUGGGCAUCGUCAACGCCGGCGCCCUGCCCCUCUACACCGACAUUGAGCCGGCGCUGUUGGAGCUCUGCGAGGAGAUCAUCCUCAACAAGAGCCCCAACGGGACGGAGAAGCUGCUGGAGUACGCGACGACGCUGGGCAGCGAGGCGAAGAAGGACGCCGGCAGUGUGGCGGACUGGCGCCUGGAGGCGGCCGAGGUGCGCCUGGAGCACGCCAUUGUCAAGGGCAUCGACCAGUUUGUGGAGGUGGACGUGGAGGAGUGCCGCGCUGACACCGCCAAAUAUCCCCGCCCGCUGCACGUCAUCGAGGGGCCGCUGAUGAAGGGCAUCGGCAUCGUCGGCGACCUCUUCGGCGAGGGGAAGAUGUUCCUGCCGCAGGUGAUCAAGUCGGCGCGGGUGAUGAAGAAGGCCGUCGCCUAUCUGAUUCCCUUCAUGGAGGCGGAGAAGGCGGCGAAUGACGCCAACGGCGACGGCGGCGACGAGGUGAACCACAUGCCCACCGUGGUGAUUGCCACCGUCAAGGGGGACGUCCACGAUAUUGGCAAGAACAUCGUCGGCGUGGUGCUCGCCUGCAACAACUUCAAAGUGAUUGACCUGGGCGUGAUGACGCCCUGCGAGAAGAUCAUCGAGGCCAUCAACGAGCACAACGCCGACAUUCUCGGCCUCAGCGGGCUAAUCACGCCUUCCCUGGAUGAAAUGAUUCACGUCGCCAAGGAGCUGGAGAAUCUCAACUACAAGAUUCCUCUGUUAAUCGGCGGCGCGACCACCUCACGAAAGCACACCGCCGUAAAGAUUGCCCCGCGGUACACCGCCCCGGUCAUUCACUGUCUGGACGCCUCAAAAAGCGUCGUCGUCUCUUCGAAGCUUCUCGAUGACAAGCACCGAGAGGACUUUCUUGAUGACAUCCUCGAAGAGUACGAGGACAUUCGCGUGGACCACUACGACUCGCUGAAGGACCGCGUCUAUCUGAGCUACGAGCAGGCGAAGGCGAAGAAACUUCGCCUGCCCUUCGAUAAGUCGUACAUUCACGAGCCGUCAUUUCUCGGUACUCGCGUCUUUAAAGACUACGACCUAAACAGCCUGCGUGAGUUCAUCGACUGGAAGCCCUUCUUUGACGUCUGGCAGCUGCGUGGAAAGUACCCUAAUCGCAACUAUCCAAAAAUUUUCAAUGAUGAGACGGUGGGCAAAGAGGCGCUGAAGGUGUUCAACGAGGCGAACCAGAUGAUCGACGAGCUGGUGAAGAGUGGCGCCCUGAAGGCGCACGGCAUCGUCGGCUUCUACCGCGCCAACUCCGUCAACGACGAGGACAUUCUGCUGAUGGACGAGCAGGGGCGGGAGAUCGCCACACUGUACGGCCUGCGCCAGCAGGCGGCCAAGGACUCGCACGACAACGCCCCCUACACCUCGCUGGCCGACCUGGUGGCCCCUCGAGAGUCGGGCCUCACCGACUACGUGGGCCUCUUCGUGGUCAGCGCCGGCUUCGGGGCGCAGCAGAUCAGCGACGACUUUGCGGCGAAGAACGAUCCCUACGGGGACAUUCUGAUCAAGGCGGUGGCCGACCGCCUGGCGGAGGCCUUCGCCGAGGAGCUCCACCUGCGCGUCCGCCGGGAGCUGUGGGGCUACCAGCCGACUGAGGAGCUGGAGGCGGCCGACCUGCUGAAGGUCAAGUACGAGGGCAUCCGCCCGGCGCCGGGCUACCCCAGCCAGCCGGACCACACCGAGAAGGAGACCAUCUGGCGGGUGAUGGACGUCGAGGCGGCGACGGGCAUUCAGCUGACCGACUCGCUCGCCAUCUGGCCGGCCGCCAGCACCUGCGGCAUCUACUUCGCCCACCCCAAGUCGGCGUACUUUGCCGUAGGGAAGAUUCAGAAGGAUCAGGUCGCUUCCUACGCCGCUCGCAAGAAGAUGACCCUAGAGGAGACCGAAAAGUGGCUCAGUCCGAUGCUUGCCUAUGAACCGUGA